ACAAAGCUGGGCUCGGCCGUCACCGGUGGAGCUCUGGUUUGCCGUCCCGCCGUCGCUGCUCCUCCCUUCCUCCCGCCCUUCUUCUCGGCGGGCGCAGGGCCGGGGCAGCGCGGCGGCAGCAUGGAGGCGGCCGGGGACCCGCCGCCCGCUCCUGCUACUGCCGCCGAGGCGCCGCCCGGGGCCGCCGCCGCCCCUGCCCCUAGUCGCCGGCUGCUGGCGCUGCUCCGGGCCAAGCUCUGCACAUGGCAUAUUUUGAAAACGAUAAUUCUGGGCCAGAUGCUCUCCUUGUUUAUCUGUGGGACUGCUGUUACGAGCCAGUACCUAGCAGAACAGUACCAAGUGAAUACUCCCAUGUUUCAAAGUUUUAUCAACUAUUCUUUGCUGCUUCUAGUUUAUACAACAAUGCUGGCAUUUAGGACUGGCAGUGACAGUCUUUGGCAAAUUUUGAAGCAGCGGUGGUGGAAGUACAUUUUUUUGGGACUGGCUGAUGUUGAAGCCAAUUACAUGAUUGUAAAAGCCUACCAAUACACCACCCUCACAAGUGUGCAGCUGCUGGAUUGUUUCGGGAUUCCUGUGCUGAUGGCUUUGUCGUGGUUCAUUCUCCGUGCAAGAUACAGGCUGAUCCAUUUUCUUGCCGUUGCCGUCUGUUUGCUGGGUGUAGGAACAAUGGUGGGUGCAGACAUUUUGGCAGGGAGACAGGACAGCGAAGGUAGUGACGUGGUGAUUGGAGAUGUCUUAGUGCUUCUUGGUGCUUCUUUGUAUGCCAUUUCUAAUGUGAGUGAGGAAUACAUUGUGAAAAAUCUGAGCAGAGUGGAGUUUCUAGGAAUGGUGGGCUUGUUUGGGACUAUUAUCAGCGGUCUACAGCUAGCCAUUGUGGAACUUAGGGAGAUAAUGAGAAUUCAAUGGAACUGGAAAAUUGCAUUGCUGUUCACAGUCUUUGCCCUGUGUAUGUUUGGGCUGUAUAGCUUCAUGCCGGUAGUGAUUAAAGUUACCAGCGCAACCUCGGUCAACCUGGGUAUUCUGACUGCGGAUCUCUACAGCCUGUUCUUUGGGCUUUUCCUUUUUUUCUAUAAGUUUUCAGGUCUUUAUAUCGUGUCCUUCGUUAUCAUCAUGGUGGGCUUCAUCUUGUAUUGCUCCACUCCGACUCGGACAGCAGAACCCACCGCCUUGCCACAGCCCGGCAGCACCGGCUUGGACAAUGCUGCACUAAAGCUUGAGGAGAAUGACAGUGAAACUCCGGCCAUAACUGUGCAGUUCACAAGAGGAGAAACUGUGGUGGUCAGCACUGAUUAAAGAAAUGGCAGCAUUUCAAAACAGAGCUUUUUUUUUUUUUUUUUUAAACUGAUAAAUUUCCCUCAAAUCUUAAUCUGGAGAAUUGCUCUACUGCCAAGGCCUAUGUCAUGCUGCGCUGGUUUUAAUGCACUGGGUAGACUUUUAAGGCCAGAUCCUCAAUCAGUGAAACUGUAUUGAUUUACCCUUGCAGAAAAUCUGACCCUUGUAAGAAGAGAGAGUAGAAUUUAUGUGGAGUCUCUGGGAAGUGAGAGACUGUUACUUUUAAAUGCUUAAUUAGUUUAACAGCAAAUGCUUGGGGGAAAAACUAAGCCAAAGCAUGUUCUCAGGUCGCUAACUGGGGCAAAUAUGUUUUAUGUGGCAUUAGGGACCCAAAUCUGCAAGAUGCUAUCUGAGGGCUUCAUGGUUCCCACGCCUCAGUGCCAGGUACCCUCAAAUCUUGCAAAAGCCACUUGGCUUCUCACAGGAUCUAGUUCUGCAAACCUUAUUGCAUACAUACACCUUCCACAUGCUGAUGGACUUCACUCCUCUGCUGGAGGAGUUGCUUCUUACGUUCCACCCAAAUGUUUGUCUCUUCAUAUUGCUGCGCUCCCUGUCACAGCUGGGGCUGCUACAAAUAUGUUAUUUUGAAUUUUGCUAUUAAGGGAAGUCUGAAUCUGUGUUUUCUUAAUACCUUCCUUUUUCUCUCUCCAUGGCUUGUUGUUUGGUGCAUUCCCACUAGGUGGAGGUUGUUUUUUUUUCUGGAUGAGACAGCAAAAGGGCUUAAACUGAAGUUCACUUCUCUGUGAAUUUCUCCCUGAAAUGGGACACAUUUCUGCAGAAAGAUUUCAACAAAAUUGUCAUUUCUUAAAAAAAUUGAAGUGUCUUAGCCAAUCCUCAUUGCAACAAUAAUGUCCAUAAUCUCCGAAAGGUUAAGUGCUUGCAGUAGAUUCAUUGGCAGUUUUUCUCCCCCUCUUCAUAUUUACAGGAAAUGAUUAAAAAGUAUGAGUCUGCAGUUUUAACAUCGGUAAAACCAUACGGGGAUUUUAAUUUUUUUUUUAUUUUUUUGUACAAGCCUUCAUAGCUCAGGUGUAUAAAGUAACAAAAGAAUAAAGUUUUCAGCAGCUGAAGAGUUGGCUCUUGGUUUAUUUUUUUAAGCUAGAAUUCUUUAUUGCUCAAAAUUGUAUUAAUUGAUUUUACUGACCAAAUGAUUCUCUUCAUGACUGAGCUUUGCUGUAAGAAGUACAAGAGCAUGUGAGAAGUAGAAACCACAUUUGCCCAUUUGGGAUGUUUUCAACCCAACUUGCGGGCCUUUUUCUCAUUGCUGAGUUGUGGUGGGGUUGCUUCACUUAUUUCAAAUGAGCAAUUAAUUAAAUGGUAGAGCAUGUAUUGGAAAACACCAGGAGAACUUACGAGCUUUUCUGUACCAAAAAAUAAAAGUGCAGCUGGUUCAAAUGUUGAUCUACAAUAUUGCUUUGAUUGGGCAAUAAUCUUGCUAAAUUAGAUAACCACUAGCCGUUGCCUAUUUGUCUGGGGCAGAAAAUGCUAUGGCUGUCCAGACUUGAGGAAUGGCAGUUAUUCCACUUUAUGAAUCUGAAUUAAAUUAAGGAUUAGAUCUUGAUUGAGUGUUAAGUGUAUCCUUGGCAAUGUCUUCGAGACUUUGUAGAUAUAUUUUUUAAGGGUUGCAUUUUUGAGGGAAUGUGAAAGGAAAUGGAUCAUCCCUUGGAUCUUCUUGUAGGUGAUUAUUGCACGAACAGUUCACUGAAGGUUUUGUGCUGCUUAAACCCAUCAGCAUCAACAGGGUGUGUGUGAAGAAUAU